UCAGGCCCAAUUUAAUGAAGGCCCGAAUGGCCCAACGCAAAUAGAUAUAAAGAGAAAACCCUAGCUUUGUUUUCCUUCUCCAUUCUGAAAGGUCACACACAGAUUUAGGCCUCCCUCACCUCUCUCCAGAGCUUUACUCUCUCUCUGCCGCCAUGGGUAAGACACGUGGAACCGUAGCCGGUCGCAAGCUGAAGAGCCACCGUAUCAAGCAGAGGUGGGCCGACAAAUCCUACAAGAAGUCUCACCUUGGUAACGAAUGGAAGAAGCCGUUCGCCGGUUCUUCCCACGCAAAGGGCAUUGUUCUUGAGAAGAUAGGUAUUGAGGCCAAGCAGCCUAACUCUGCUAUCAGAAAGUGUGCCAGAGUUCAACUUAUUAAGAACGGCAAGAAGAUCGCCGCCUUCGUCCCCAACGAUGGUUGCUUAAACUACAUCGAAGAGAAUGACGAGGUUCUGAUUGCUGGAUUCGGAAGGAAGGGUCAUGCUGUGGGAGAUAUUCCGGGAGUUAGGUUCAAGGUUGUGAAAGUCUCUGGAGUGUCUCUGUUGGCUCUUUUCAAGGAGAAGAAGGAGAAGCCUAGAUCUUAAGUCAUCUCAUCAUAGAUGUUUUUGACCCUAAAAUUGUUGCUGUUUUCUUUAGUUGUUUGAUGAAUUUUGUAAUGGAUUUUUGAUAUUUGGUUGUUGCCCGGUGAUGAACUCAGUUAUGUCCCUUUCUUGAGUCGUUAAUUUAGCUAAAUACUCUGUUGUUUGUC